UGAAAAUAUCUGUAAACUCGUUUGAGCACCUUGCAAAACCAAUUCAACAUCGCAUGAGAACACCUUGUGACUCCCUGCUUACCGUGUGAAACCUUUGGUUAUUUCAAGGGAAUGUUUUUAAUAGUACUAGGUAAUCUAUUGUAAACAGAAUCCAAAUGCAAAACCACGUUUCAUGAACUGAUUCAAUAAACUAACUCGCUCAAUUUACCAUUGGUACGUGUUCAUUAUUUGAGAACAAGAAUAUCGUUUUUAUUCUAACAUUAUUAUCACUUGAAGUGAGUUCAAACAUGUUAUUCAAAUCGCAACCUGAUAUAGCUGUACAGAUGGUUUGAUAUAAGUAUGUAAACUACGCAUGAGGCACGCUGCCGUAUCAUUCUUCAAUCAAACUCGUUACAAAUUAUUUAUUGACAUUUAUCCACUUUGAAGUACCAUCGGAUGCGUUUGCCAUUCGCUGGCUUCGACGAUAUCGAAACUGAAGAGAUAGCUGCUGUUCACUGCUCCAGUAGCAAAAUGCAUCGCUCCCGAGCAACGUUCCGCGAGUUCCUGGUGGCUGGCGUUGCCACAAUCUCGGCCGUCAUCAUGGGCUUGGCCCUGGGCUGGCCAUCGCCCAUGUUCAGAAAACUUACGGAGCACAGCCUCUCGGAUAACCCAAUCGGGCAGGUCAUUGUGGAGAGUGAACAAUCGUGGAUCAACUCCGUGCUUGCCAUUGGGGGGUUCUUCGGGCCAUUCGCUGCAGGAUUUCUAGCCGAUCGUCAUGGCAGGAAGUUGACGCUCAUGCUUAGUGCCUUGGUUCACGUUGCCGGAUGGGUUAUGCUCUUGCAGGCUGCUUCGGUGGCCUUGAUGAUUGGGGCACGAUUUGUAUUGGGCUUUGGUAGUGGCUGCAUUCUGGUUACGUUGCCAAUGUACGUUGGAGAGAUCGCUAGCGAUCAGUAUCGAGGAAUGCUGGGGUCGUUUCUGCAAAUUGGACAAACAAUCGGCAUCCUGUACGUUUACUGUAUUGGUCCAUAUGUGGGAUACUAUGCCUUUCAGUGGAUCUGUUGUGCAGUUCCGAUCUUGUUCAUGAUCUUCUUCGGUUACAUGCCGGAGACGCCACACUAUUUCGUAUCCAAAGGACUCUACCAGCAAGCAACUGUAUCACUUAUGUACCUCCGGGAUGCUUCGGCCGACGAAAUUCAACCUGAACUUCAAGCUGUUAAACAGUUCUUGCAGCGAGAGGAGCAACAGAAGAAUUCCAAUGCCGUGAAGAAACUGUUCACCGAAGCGGUCAAUCUGAAGGCGCUGGCGAUCAGCUUCAGUUUGAUAUCGCUGCAACAGUGGACCGGAAUCGAUUGUAUUCUAUCUAAUAGUGAGCUCAUCUUCGAUAAAGCGCAGAUAUCACUUUCAGCUGACGUGUCCACCAUUAUCAUGGGGACGAUUCAAGUGGCUUGUUGUUGCGUGACGUUGAUGUUUGUGGACCGAGUUGGACGUAAGCCGGUUCUGAUGAGUUCCGCAUUAGGAUUGACGGUCGCAUUAACGCUACUCGGAUUUUACUUCCUGAUGCAGAAUAUGGACGUUGAGCAGCAGUACAUAAGCUGGAUUCCAUUGACCGGCAUGGUUGGGUUCAUCGCGGCCUUCAAUUUCGGCUUUGGGCCUGUACCUUGGGCGAUUGCUGCGGAAAUUUUCGCCCACGAUGUAAAAGCAAUCGGAAACACGAUCAACGUGUCGGUGUCGUGGAUUUUGGACUUUCUGGCGUUGCGAUUCUUCCUGUUGAUUAGCGAAUCAUUCGGCUAUCAGUGGGCGUUUUGGAUUUUUGCCAUCAUCUGCGCGUUGGCGUUUUUGUUCACCAUGUUUUUCGUGCUGGAAACGAAGGGGCUCAGUUUGCAGGAGAUUCAAAAACGAUUAGGAAGGAAACCGGAGCAAGACGAAUCAAAUGGCACCCAAGGAAGUCUAUGAUGCAGGUUUCAUGUGUAUACAGAAAUGUAGGUUUUACCGAGAGUAUGUAUUUAUGUUAUUUGUUUAUAUUGACUUUAAAAAUAUACUUAUAUUGUGAUAUUUUA